UGUAUAUAUAUAUAUCUAAAUACUAAAGAUGGAAAUGCAUAGCUAUGAUGGAAUUAAAAGAGUGUUAUUAAAACUUGAAAAUUCAAUAAAUAAUGGAUAUUAUUAUGAAGCUCAUCAGAUAUACAGAACUCUAUAUUUUCGAUAUCUUGGACAGAAAAAAUAUUUGGAAUUAAUUCAGUUACUAUAUAGCGGUUCUCUUCGUCUUCUACAAUGUGGACAACACACUAGUGGAGCUGAUUUGGGCAUUUUGUUGAUUGAUGUAUUAAAAAAAUCAGAAAUUGAACCAUCCCAAACAUAUUUCCAAAAAAUCGUUGAUUUAUUUUCAUUGAUGACUCCUUCUUCUCCAGAAAGACAAACAUUUGUUCAAAAGGCUGUACGAUGGAGUACAAUUGGUUCAAUAUUUAAAACUGGACAUCCUAAUUUUCAUCAAAAAUUAGCACAGGUUUAUUGGCAUGAAAAAAAUUAUACUUCUGCUAGACAACAUUUUUUAUACACUAAAGACGGUUCUGGAUGUGCAUUAAUGCUAAUUGAACUUCAUCAACAACAAGGAUAUUCAAAUGAAAUGGAUCUCUUCAUAACACAAACGGUUCUUCAGUAUCUUUGUUUAAAAAAUAAAUCUACAGCAGAUGAAGCUUUUAAAUCAUUUAUUAACAAACACCCUAAAAUAAAAGGAGGUCCACCAUUUCUUCUUCCUUUAUUAAAUUUCUCAUUUUUUUUAUUAAAAACAAUCGAAUCUUCAAUCAUUUUUAGUGGACAAGUUACUAUAUUUACAAUUCUAUGCGAACAGUAUCUUUCAAGUUUAACUAAAGAUCCAUCUUUUCUACAAUAUAUUGAUAAAAUAGGACAAUUAUUUUUUAAUAUUCAACCACGUCAAAAUUCAAAUAGGGGUUUAUUGAAUUCAUUUCUGCAAUCAUUUUUUGAUGGAUUAGAAGAUGAAAAUAACGAAAAUCGAACAAUGAAUACUUUAACUUCACAUUUAAUAUCAGAUUUUGAUUAAUAUUUUACUAUAUUGUAAAACUAAAUACAUAUUUUAACUUUGA